AUGGCCAGCCUUCCCGAGACUUUUGACCGUCCCGUCCACAUCGCCGUCAUCGGCGGUACCGGCCUGGGCAAGCUCGAGGGCUACACCCCCGUCGCGGCUUUGAACCCGACGACGCCCUGGGGCAAGCCCUCGUCGCCCAUCCAGAUCCUCGAGCACAACGGCGUGCCCAUCGCCUUCCUCGCCCGCCACGGCGUGCACCACCAGUUCGCGCCCCAUGAGGUGCCCGCCCGCGCCAACAUCGCCGCCCUGCGCUCCAUCGGCGUGCGCUGCGUCAUUGCCUUCUCGGCAGUUGGCAGCCUGCGCGAGGAGAUCAAGCCCAUGGACUUUGUUGUCCCGGACCAGGUCAUCGACCGCACCAAGGGCGUGCGCCCCUUCACCUUCUUCGAGGGCGGCGUCGUCGGGCACGUCGGCUUCGCGGACCCGUUCGACAAAGGGCUUGCCGAGGUUGUGAAGCGGUGCGCGGCACACAUGCAGGGCGACGGCGUCGUCCUGCACGAGAAGGGAACCAUCAUCUGCAUGGAGGGCCCCCAGUUCUCCACCCGCGCCGAGUCGCACAUGUACCGCUCCUGGGGCGGCAGCGUCAUCAACAUGUCGGCCCUGCCCGAGGCCAAGCUUGCGCGCGAGGCCGAGAUGGCCUACCAGAUGAUCUGCAUGGCGACCGACUACGACUGCUGGCACUCGUUCGAGGACGUCGACGUCGCCAUGGUCAUGAAGUACAUGGCCGCCAACGGCGAGAACGCGAAGCGCCUCGUCGGCGGCGUGCUCGACGAGCUGUCCAAGCAAGACAACAGCGACAUGGUCCUUGCCAAGCAGUGGGAGGGUGCCUCGCAGGGCGCCGUCAAGUUCAUGACCAAGCCCGAGGGCCGCGACCCCGAAGCCAUGAAGAGGGUCGAGUUCCUCUUCCCUGGCUUCUGGAACUAG